AUGGACGAGCCCACGAUCGUGUUUCCCAACGGCUCCAACUCAACAUACCUGUGUUGGCUGAGCCAGUUCCCGAGCUUCGACACCGACAGCCCCAACGCCCUUAUCGACGAAUGCAAAGGUGCGAACGAUGGCAACUGCUUUCUCAUUGGCAACGACCGACGAACAUCGCCCACGCUCGGAUUCGAUUACUUUUUGACGUCGGCGAAUCAACGAACCAUUGCGCUUCCGCCACGACGAGGCUUUGAACCGGUGUGGAAGUCUGUGUACUUGGGUCAUGACAACUUCGGGCUGUCCUUUUACCAAGAACGAACGUGUUUGGAUGCGUACUGGGACGGCCCCGUGCUCAAGGCUUGCAAUGCAGCCGCCACCCGAUGCCAGUUCCGCACACAGCUGUACGAGACGCCAAGCGCGUCCGCCACCUUGCGGUAG